AACUUUUAAAAAAGUGGAGUUUUUACUCUAUAAAUAUCCAAACACUGCCUUAUAUUUUGGCGCUUAAAUUUCCAAAUUCAGUUAAUACACACACACUGAAAAUGAAUUUUCAAGAAUCCCAAAACUACCCUUCAAUCUCCGUUGAUGCUUCCUUCGCCAUGCUCCGCCUUAGCUCCGCCACUAACGCCACCUCCGGCCAACUCUCCGACGACCAAUGCCAUUCUUGUGGGUCCCACAAAAAAUCAACCAAAAAAUUCUCCGCUGCCGCCGUGAAGUCGGAGAUGGCUGAUCUGGUACCGGAGAAAAAUACCCUUUACGGAGGAGGUUCCAAUAAGGUGAAAAGAUACUCAAAUUGUCGAUUCUCUUCGUCUUUAGAAGAGCCAUUUCCUAAAAGAACCGCCACCCUCUACGGCGGCGCCACCGCCGGAGAACCCAUCUCCAGCAAGAACAACCACCGUGGAGUUCUACCAGUCAUUUCCAAAAAUGAUCAUUUUCAAGGUUUCAUGAAUAUCCCACUUCUUGAAUCUCCUGUGACUCCAUCUCCGGCGGCGAAGCCGCCAUUACCGCCACCUCUUUAUCGGACUAUCUCCGAUCCUACUGGCUCUUCUUCUUACCCUAGAAGAAAAUCCAAGAAUGGACAAUCUAGUACUACAAUGAGUACACUUGCAAGAACAGCUAGCUGGUCCCCAAAUGAGUACAAUUUCAAGAAUGGAGAGUCUUCUACUACAAUGAAAUCCGCAAAUCAGUGUGCUCUUGCAAGAACAGCUAGUUGUUCACCUAAUACUCAAGAUUUAGGUGGAGUUGUUAACAAUGGAGAAUCUCCUACUGCAAUGAGGCUGAAGAGAAUGAGGGAUGGAAUGAGAGAAAUGAGACAAUGGUGUGAUCUUAUGAUUCAAGAAGAAGAAACCUCCCAUGAAGAAAACAAGACUGUUAAGGAUGAUGAGGCAGAUACUGGAGGAGGAGAACCAUUUUGUGAGGAGGCAGUGUGGGUUGAAAGAAUGGGUAGCUGUCUGAUUCUUCAUUUCAAGUGUCCCUGUGGUAAAGGCUAUCAGAUUUUACUAUGUGGAAAUAACUGCUACUAUAAACUCACCAAUUUCUGAUAACCUCGUUGGUUCACUCAACAUGAUAUGAGAUACUAUCUGUUAAUAGAGGACUAAUUGGAUUAGUGUCACUAAUCACAGUAGAAUUCAGUAUAGUUUAGUUGCAUUCUUUCUUUUUAGUUGGUUUUUAGUCAAAGCUGUGUACUACUUGUCUCAUUCCUUCUAUAUUUGUGAAUUCAGCGUUGUGGUGUGGAUUUGUGUAAAUUUGUUUCAUUCCCUUAGAUUUGUGAAUUUGGGAUUUGUAGAUAUGUUUGCAUGUAAUGAUGGAACUCCUUAUGCUUUGCCAAGCUGUCUUUACAAGUUUGAAAUAGAAUGUAGUUAGUAGAAUUUCACACAGAGUGUAGUAUAUUUUGGAGAUGUAUCAUUAUUAUGCAGUCUCACCAAAAGUUUUGUCCAAGAACUUAUGCAAUAUCAAGCAUUUAUAUGUAUGGGACUUCCAAAAGUGGCUCAAAUUAAGUGUCAAAUAUGUAUGGGACUUUCAAAAGUGGCUCAAAUUAAGUGUCAAAAUUAAGCGAGUCUUGUUUAUGCAAUCCGCCCUCUUGAGUUAACGGCUUGUUGAACUGCAUUACUUGAACCGAGAGUGUUGGAGAAACAGCCUCUCUGACUCAUGAGGUAGGAGUAAGGUCUGCAGACCCCCCACGAACCCCAACUUACAAGAUUAAAAUAGGUUUGUUGCCGUUGGCAUGUUGAACUGAGUUGAACCAAAUUGAUCGUUCAAAAUAUUGGACCAAGACUUGCUGAAAGAUGGCUACAACAACAUACCUAGUAAAAUCACAUAAGUGAGAUCUAGAAGGGUAAAGUAUACGCAGACCUUACCACAACCUUGGGGUGGUAGAGAGCUAUUUUCGAAAGACCCUAGACUCAAGUGUAGCUAAUCCAAGUAUAAAAAAGAACCUAGUGUAGAUAAUAUGGCAACACGAGGCAGUGCAGAAUCUAUCAUAAAAAACAACUCAACUACAGGGUAGUGUAAUAAUCAAUCAAAACACAAUAAACGACAACAAAGACAAAUAUCCACGGCUAAUCCCUACACUACCACACUACGACUAAUGCACGACAAUACUCCUACCCGAUUAACCUUCUACCUUAAUGCACGUCCUCCAAAUCCCUUCAUGGGACCACCAAUUUUUGAAAAUGCAGAAUUCAAAACACUUACAAACUCUGUUUCCAAAUGAA